AUGACAUUUGUAAUCGAGCGGUAUGCUGUCUACACCUUCGAAGCUUCUGGCCUUGCCUUGGCCGACCCUAUCGAGAAGUACGGUGACGCUAUGGAAAGCGCCAAGAGAUGGGUUGAAGUCCUGUCGCCUCAAGUUACUCCAGUUAUGGUCCAUUCUCACAAUGACUACCUGAGACCUCGGCCGUUGUUCUCGGCUUUAUCUGUUGGCUGUGCUAGUGUCGAAGCCGACGUUUGGCUCAGCAAGAAUGGAGAAGAUCUCUUGGUCGGCCAUCAUUGGUGGAAUCUCACACCAGAGAGGACCCUAAACUCUCUUUACAUUGAACCAUUGCUGGGGAUCCUCGACUCUUUUAACUCCCCACAGUUCCCGGGUCAGGGACACCGUGCUGGUGUGUUUGCUAGCCAUCCAAACAAGACACUGAUCCUAUUCAUCGAUGUCAAGGAUUACUCAGAGAAGACUUGGCCGGUGGUACUGAAGCACCUGGAACCUUUGAGACAGAAGGGAUAUCUUUCAUAUCACCAGAAUAGUGGAUCAACGCCGGCAGACCAGACAUUUCAUUCUGGCCCACUGACUGUGGUCGGAACCGGCAAUAUUGGCAAGAGGCGGGAUGUGAAUAUCGGAUCCGAUCUACAAAAGUGGCGGCGACACCACGACGUAUUUCUCGAUGCCUCGUUGGAUCUUCUGUCCCACCCUGGAUUUUGUGAGAGAAACGAUACACUUUGUCGCCAAGUGGAAGAGAAUGAGUUUUACACAGCUUCUGUAUCUCUCUUCAGAGCUAUCGGAACUGUCAUCCCAUACUUUAGCAAGUCACAACAGGGGAAGCUGGCUAAUCAAAUUCAACUUGCAAAGAAGUUGAACUUGAAGUCGAGAUACUGGGAGCUACCAGGCUGGCCUGUAUCCCGAAGAAACUACGUUUGGAGGACACUCAAUCAUGAAGGGGUUGACUUGAUCAACGCUGAUGAUAUAGUCAGUGCAACGACGAAGCAGUGGCACUCUAAUUAUGCUAUAGAAGGUGCAUGGGUUCUUGGUAUUGCCUCUUGUCUCUUUAGCUUCCUCUUUACUGUCAUGUGGUUGGGAAAGAGGAUGGUAUUUCGUAUGAUGACCGUUUAG